AUGGUUGGUAUCGUUCGUUUGGCUAUGGUAUUUUGUCUUCUUUUGCUUGUUUGCGCCACGACAAUGGCAAACCAUCAUGUUGAAGAACAGCAUACUCAGGACCGUCGAAGAGUUGUACAGAAUAAUCGAGGCAAAAAUUCGCAACGUGGACGCUGCGUUCCCGUUGAUUGUGGUUUACAAUGCACCAAAAAGGGCUUUAGUGGAAGUCGAUGUCUUAAAGAUGUCUGCCACUGUCUGUAA